AAAAAUGGCCGAUUUAGAGGCUGUUUUGGCCGACGUUUCUUAUUUAAUGGCUAUGGAGAAGAGUAGAAGUCAGCCGGCUGCCCGCGCCUCAAAGAAAAUUGUUCUUCCAGAUCCCAGUGUUCGGAGUAUAAUGCAAAAAUAUCUGGAGAAGACAGGGGAGAUUCGUUUUGAAAAAAUAUUUUCGCAGCGACUCGGGUUUUUACUCCUCAAAGAUUUUGCUGAAAAUGUUGCAGAAACAUCAUGCCCCCAAAUAAAAUUUUAUGAGGCAAUUAAAGAAUAUGAAAAAUUGGAAACGCCGGAAGAGAGACUGACUAAAGCGAGGGAGAUUUAUGAUCACCAUAUUAUGGUGGAAAUGCUAGCACAUUCACAUAACUACACAAAAGAAAGCUUACAACAUGUCCAAAGGCAUUUAAUGAAGAAUAAUGUCCCCCCUGACCUCUUCCAGCCUUAUGUGAUGGAAAUAUGUGAUCAAUUGAAGGAAGAUAUUUUCCCCAAGUUUUUGGAAAGUGACAAGUUCACGAGAUUUUGUCAAUGGAAAAAUCUUGAAUUAAAUAUGAACUUGACAAUGAAUGAUUUUUCUGUUCACCGUAUAAUCGGACGGGGCGGUUUCGGUGAAGUCUACGGGUGCAGAAAAGCAGAUACUGGCAAAAUGUACGCAAUGAAGUGCCUGGACAAGAAAAGAAUUAAAUUAAAACAGGGAGAAACACUAGCUUUAAAUGAAAGAAUAAUGCUCAGUUUGGUUAGCACAGGACAAGACUGUCCUUUCAUUGUUAGCAUGUCCUACGCCUUUCAAACGCCAGACAAACUUUGCUUUAUUUUGGAUUUAAUGAAUGGAGGCGAUUUGCAUUAUCAUCUUUCUCAACACGGGGUUUUUAGUGAAUCAGAGGUUAUUUUUUAUGCAGCCGAAGUUAUCCUUGGCCUUGAACAUAUGCAUAAUAGAACAGUCGUCUACAGGGAUUUAAAACCAGCAAAUAUACUUUUGGACGAGAAUGGUCAUGUUAGGGUCAGCGACUUAGGUUUAGCCUGUGACUACUCUAAAAAGAAACCUCACGCAAGUGUUGGCACCCACGGCUAUAUGGUAAAUUUUAUUAUUACCAACAAACAAUUUGUCACGUUAUUUAAGGCCCCAGAAGUUCUUGCAAAAGGAGUAGCUUACGACUCUUCCGCAGAUUGGUUCUCCUUUGGUUGUAUGUUAUAUAAACUACUUAAAGGGCACAGCCCUUUCCGGCAGCACAACAAAGGCAAAAAACAUUCUCAAGACAAAAAUGAGAUUGAUAAAAUAACGUUAACACAAGACAUUGAAUUGCCUGAUCAAGGCUUUUCUCCUGAAUGCAGAAAUCUUUUGGAAGGAUUGUUGAAGAGAGAUGUACAAGAAAGGCUUGGUUGUAAGGGGAAAGGAGCAGAAGAGAUAAAAACUCAUCCUUUCUUUCGUGGAGUUGACUGGCAAGUUGUUUACCUCCGGAGAAUGGCUCCUCCCCUAAUUCCGCCUAGAGGUGAAGUUAAUGCUGCCGAUGCUUUUGACAUUGGCAACUUUGAUGAUGACGAGGUUAAAGGCGUCAAGUUGGCAGAUGCAGAUAGCGAACUUUACAAAAACUUCAAUAUUAUAAUAUCAGAACGGUGGCAGAAUGAAAUUGCAGAAACUGUUUUUGAUGUUGUAAAUCAAGAUGCGGAUAAAAGUGAACAAAAGAAGAGGGCAAAGCUUAAAACAAGGAUAGCAGUUGAUGAAAAAGGCGAGACUGAUUUGUACAUCCAUGGAUAUAUCAAAAAACUUGGUGGUCCUUUUACUUCUGCCUGGCAGAUAAAAUAUGGAAAGCUUUACCCCAGCCGUUUGGAGCUUUACCCGGAGUCAUUAAGUGGAAAACCUGAGUUACUUUUUAUGGACCAAAUUGACGAAGUGACUUCCGAUCUUCAACAAGUAAAAGGAGAAUCAGCGAUUGUAGUUAAAUUAAAAGAAGGAUUGAAAGAGAACCGAGUUAUUCUAACCAAUCAAGAUGAAAUUUCUCUCAAGGAAUGGCACACUUCCCUUAGAACUGCUCAUCGGGUCUCACAAGAAUUGCUUCAAAGAAUGGGAAGGAAAGCUAUUAAAAUUUACGGGGUUAAUCAUGACCCAAUGCUUCAGGAAAGUGAAAGGCCUGGAUCCGUUACGAGGGCAAUUCUCAAUAGGGCGUCUUCAACUGAUUCUGGAAUUUAA